ACUUAUUUGACGAUGAUACAAGUGACAAAGAAGAAGAGAAUGAACAGGAUUAUACGCCAAUUAGUAUAAAUAUUGAUGAGAUCAAAAAUAAUUUGCAUAAUGCAAUAAACUACUAUUGGCCCAAUUUAACAUCACCAAGUUCACUUUUACCUAGUCUUCUAGAUCCCAGGUGUAAAAAUCUAUAUAAAGAGAAAGAAAAUAUUAGAACAGAGGUUAAAUCAACUCCUGCAAAAAAAAAACUAAAA